AUGACGUUGCGUUGUGUCGAAACGGGCGACACUGUUUGUCAAACAGUACUUUGUUUACCGUCUCAAAUCAAAUGUAAUACAACAACAGCCAAAGAUGAUAAUAACAAUAACAUACAACAACCACCGAAAGAAGAUGACGAUGUGCGAAGUCUGAUGUCUGCUCUUGGUCUGAAAUUAAAGCAGCAACAAAAACCAAUGGAAACAUCGUUAGUAUCACUCGUUCCAGUCACAUUACCUAUCACUCCACUCAGACGUCGAACUCGAAAAAAAAUCUCAAAUGGAAAGGGUGAAGCCAUACCUCUAUGCCUACUGAGUUUGAAAAAAUAUGACGUUCGAGAACUAAUUCAGUAUGUUGUGACAGACUUGAAAAAGAUAUCGAUUGUGAAACAUUAUGAAGAAUAUUGCGUUAUCGAUAGUUUACAAAUACCCAAUGAACCAGCAAAAAGACCGACUGAGAAGAAUUCAAGAAGAUCGGUUUAUUCUUCACAACGUCCAGAUGUUUUGAGACUUAAACAUAAAAAAGAUGUUGGAUUAAAUAAACUUGUACAAAAUUAUUCUGUUCCACAAAACAUCACAUUAAGAGAAUGUGAAGUUGUUUUACAAAGAUUAAAACGAAGUUAUGUUGAAUAUUUAAUACAAACUCAACAGGCCGAAUAUGAACUAAAAUCAUCUUCACCUAUUAUAAAAUCGAAAACAGCAAUAACUACAACAACAACAGUGAAAAAAACUCGAUCUAGAAAGAAGAAAUGCCUUCCCAAACGAUCAUCUUCGCCUCCGAAUGAAAAUAAACCACAAUCAUCAUCAACACUCAAACGAAAAUUGCUGACCGAACUGACCAAUUUUAACAUAAGAAAACGUCAAACAAUGAAGAAUAUCGUCAAUAGUGAUUAUCUUAUUGAGAAUGUGGCUGACGCUCCGUUGUUACAAACACCACACCCUACCAAGUUCGGUAGUACCUGUUUAAAAUGUUUGCAGCAACCUACAACGGAAGAUGGACUAUUGAAUAUUUUCAUUACUGAUGGCCAAGAGUUAAAAGAACUACAAGAACAAGUGGCGGUUAUUGGUAAUGAUGAAGACGAGGAUAUAAUAUGUCUUGACUAAAACGUUUCUCGUGCUGAGUACAUUUCGUGAUGUAAUAACAACACAAUCCCACUGAAGGGAAGAUGUUAGUGCAAUUUUCACUCCCUUUUAAGUCCUUCGAAGUUUAGAACUGCGAGAUCUGUUUUUAUGCCGCUCAUAAAAACAGCUAGAAUAUAAUAAAAAGUAAUAUAUGUAUGCUGAUGAGAAUCUGCCUAGUGCUAAAAAAUACUACAAUUAAUUAAGAAACUAAUCAAUUAAACCUGCAACAGCAUAAAUCACACAUUUAUGAAACUUGGAAACAAGUUUGAUAAAAUUUAGCUUGGAUUGGAAACUUGGAUGUUGAUUUUUUUAACCCACAAGUUACAUAAAAAUGAAAAAUUUUAUGAAACUAGUAAAAAUUUUCCUAAAAUUUUGAUUUAUGAAACUGGAUUUAUGAAGACAGGAUAAUCCGUCUCCUUCAUAUCUCGACAACCAAAUGAGAUAGAAACUUUUAUUUUUCAGUACUGAAUAACCAUCUUUAAACAAACAAACCCAGAAAAAAAUAUUAAGUUUUGUUUCGUAGAACGACUUUUAUAAGCAAAACAAUCGGUGAACAGCAACGAUACAAUGCCAAUGCAACUCACUCAUUAAUAGAGAGUCAGGUAGUAAACUCAGAGGAUGUACACAGUAAAUUCAAUUUUCUGUUCCCUUAUCUAAAUAGGUCUUAUUUUCGCUAGUCACAAUGCUACACACUCGGAUUUCUGGACAAGUUUUCUUCUGAGACACAUCUCUUUCGCAGAUUAACUCAGUCCAUAUAUGUCACAAAAAAGUGAAAAACAACAACUUUUGAUAUAAAAGAGUCAUUUAAAAAGAAAGUGUGUACUAAGGUAGCUGAAACACUGAUUUCACCGUGUUUUGCCCGGUUUUCUCUUCGGAAACAUAACGCAAUCAGGGCAGAGUUGUAACCGGUCCAGAAUUUUCAAAUCGGUCCGGUCCGGCCGGUUCAAACUUUAAACCGGUCUGAUCCGAUCGGUGACCGGCCGGUUGAAAAAAAUUUUCAGACCAGUAAAAACCGACCGGUAUGUUAGGUCAUGUACUGCCAGUUAAAACGAGAGGCUUCAAAAAACACCCAUCUGCGUGUUCCUUACUCACGUUUUUAUUAAUACACAAGAAGAAAGUGGUGCAGUCGUUUAUAUCUGUAAGUUUUCCCAAAGAUGAAUAUACGAUGUUUCUAUCUCGAGAAAAAACAGGCAUCUACCUACCACUCAAUUGGUAAUGUGCAAAUCUUAAAUUUUUUUACUUACGUUAGAUUUUGCAAAAAAAACUAAUAUUUCUCUUUGAACGGCAGUGACACCUUAAAUCCGGUCUCUAACAAAACAUUAUUGAGAUAAGUUGAGAAGUUUUUCUCAGCUAACACUGUUCUGAUUGAGCUUUUUAGGGAGUUAAAAAAAAUUUCGAUUAAAAAAAUGAAAAAGUUUAGACAAAUUGAAGAAAAUAAGGUUGAUGUUUUUUGUAACAAUAUGAUUAUCUUUGAUAAAAGAACUUAGACUUGCUUUCGACAUAUUUUAUUGAAAAAAGUUGUAUAUCUAGAAAAUUGUGAAAUUCAUUUUAUGACUUAAUCCUGAGGU